AUGAACGACGAUCGCCCUCUCCCCGCUAUCAAUAUAUGGACAUUCGUCGCCCUCGCCGCCCUUGACAUCGCCGCAAACGCAGCCGCUGGUCCCGCCGCCGUCGCAACAGCUGUCCAUGUGAGCGGCGGCGUGCUCACCGCACGAGCACUACAAUUAGGCGCCCUAGCCGGCGUCACAAAGUCCGGUGUUCUGGCAUUCGUUGAAUUCGUCGCAUACGCGGGUAUCCCGGCUCCGGCAUGGAUGCUUCUUAUUUUGCUGGCCAGUAGUUUUGGGAUCUGUGUUUUGGUUACGGCGGAGAUUAGUAACCUUGUUCUUGGAGAGACGCCGAGUGGCUUGUUGAUUGCGGCUGUUGUUGCUGCUAUUCCGUUAGGUGGAGAAUGUAUUGGGAUAUACCAAUCGGCUGGAGGUUUAACAGGCGGUAAACCCCAAGCCCAAAUCUUCAUCAUGGGCCUCGACGCGCUAGGAGGCUACGUCUUUGCUCGAAUGGCCCAUAACGAAGGACACGAUAUCUGCGCCUACAACGUCGCCGCCGCCGCCGGAGCCGUCUACGGUGCCAUAACCGGCUUCUUCCACACUGUGAUAGGAUGUAUGGCUGGAAUCACGCAUACAACUAGUACAAAUGGGCACUAUGUGACGACGAAUAUUUUUGGGACGACGUCUGGGUAUGAUGAGAAUUGGCAGCGGAAUGCAGGGUUCUGGUAG